GUUAAACAAAUCUAGAAAAAAGAAGCAAAUAUCAAUGUCUCUCUCUUGCCUUUGAUUUUUUCUUCUUUUUUCCUUAUACAAUUUCACUUGGGGAAUGAACCCCUCAUCACCCCAAUAGAAUGGAAGAAACCCCAUCUGUUCUAAUGGGUUGUGCAGAAAAAAUUAUCAGAAAUUCAAUCCAUACCUUCCUCAAAUAUUUUCACUACUUCACAGCCAUCCCAGUUCUCCUUUUGUUCCCUUUCUCGGCUUCUGUCCUCCUUUCACAAGCAUUUUUCAAAUACUAUGCACCAUUUUCUGAAACCAUCGAUGUUCAAUUUGAUUCCAUUUUUGAUCUUGCAGGGUUUUCCUUCUGGUCUCAACUCAAAUCCCAAACUAUUUUUCCCUUUGUUUUUACUCUUCCUUUUGCACUUUCGUCCUUCACCAUGGCAAAAGCGUCUAUAAUUCAAGCCUUGAAUCACCAUAAACCAUCUCUUCAAGCUCCCUUUUUCAGUUUCAUAUCACUUUAUAAACCUCUACUCUUAACACAGCUUUGCAGCUUAGUCCUGAUCAUUGGCAUCAACUCAGCCAUCUUUUCUCUCCUUUUCAUUUCCCUGAACUCUCUGAAACCAUUUCGGUUACCAUAUAUCAGCCUGAUUAUACCUGCUUUUGGAGCUGUUUUUUACUCUUUCUUGGCCAACACAGUUAUGGUUAGCAACUUAGCUUUGGUUGUGGCAGGGAUGGGAACUUGUAAAGGACAUGUAGCAAUCUAUAAGGCUUGUUUCAUAAGAAAAGGGUGAUAAGAGUUUACCAGGUUUUGGGAAGGCUUAAUUCUUCCAUGGCUCUGGAAGGGUUACUGAUUGCUUAUUUAUAUUCUCUCGUUAUUGUUCUUGACACAAUCAUCUGUUGCCUGUUUUACAAGAGUUGUGAAUCAAAUUCUAUGGCAAGUCAAAUUCAUGGAAAUUGCUAUGAUAUUGAACUUGUCCAUGUAAGAGAGUCUUUUGAUGAAUGAGAUCUCCAACAUCAUCAAGCAAAGGCAAUUACAGCUAGGUAAUUCAGCAUGAGAAAACAAAGUAAUGAAACCAGCUAGCCUAAAGAAGGUUGCUGUUGUGUCCUUGAGUUGGUUAAAGUUCCCAUCUUCAAAGGGUUGCAGCCUUUGUCAGGGAACUAACAUGUAUAGGAAUGUUUUUGCACUUUUGAAAACAGACAUCAAAUUGUAUUACAAGGGAAUGAAUUAAUAGUUGCAGUCAGGCAAAAUAUUUUGCUUUUAUGAUUAUUAUUUUUAUUAAAAAAAAUCGUAAUCUGAAAAUAAAAGAAGGAAUUGUAUGUGUAAUAAGCUAUAAUUUGAAUUCCAAACGUGAUCAAUUCCAUCUGAGCGAUUAUAUAAACUAACUCAUGUAAAUCUCUGAUAAGUAAUAUUUCGAUAAGCAACUUAGCCUCCAAACCUUAAUAAACCUUCAUGGACUGAAACAGUCAUUCUGAUCAAACCAAUAAACCAGGGGAAAUCCCAUUUUAAUUUUGUUUAUACAAAUUCAGCGUAGCUUCUCCAGGUCUGUGUUAAUGCACCGCCUGACAGCCCAGA